AUGCACCUAUCAGCAUUAGCGCAUCAUGUUGUAUCUCAACAAACGCACAAAGGACAAAUAGUGAAACUUGCUGAAACGUCACAUGAAUCACAUGAAAUACCUUCAACAUCACUAAUGGCAGACGUAACUUUACAAAAUGCUCAUAUCAGCGAAGACGAGGCUGCAUUAUACGAUAGACAAAUUAGAUUAUGGGGUUUAGAAGCUCAGCAACGAAUGCGUGUUUCAUCCAUUCUAAUCAGUGGGAUGCGAGGUUUAAGUAAUGAGAUAUGCAAGAAUUUGGUUCUCGCAGGGAUUGGCUCCAUUACAAUAAUUGAUCAUAAUUUAGUUAUGGAAGAAGAUCUCGGCGCACAAUUUUUUGUGACCGAAGGAGACAUAGGAAAGAAU